AUGAUCUUGAACAGACUUCGGCAAAGGACGUGGCUUGAUCGGUCGAGACAGAAAGAUAACCUGUCAGUCCUUCGUGCUCUAGGAAUUGCAGGGACAACCCUAACCACAGCAAAAAUGAGCGAGGGAUGUCCACAAGCUUCCGGAUUGCCUCGGUAUAUCGAUAUUGGGAUAAAUCUCACCGACCCCGUUUAUCUAGGCAUCUACAAUGGCACUUCGCGCCAUCCCCCCGACCUCGCUGCCGUCAUCGAGCGUGGCCAGCGUGUCAAUUGCAAUCAUCUCAUCGUGACAGGUUCUGACCUCGCCUCAAGCCAUGCGGCCGUCGCGCUCGCCAACGCCUAUCCAGGAACCUGCUAUGCUACGGUUGGAGUACACCCGUGCAGCAGCCAGCAGUUCGUCCUUGGCCCCACUCCUGCCUCGGAACAGUUAUACGCACUCGAGACACUGGCGCGCACGGCGCAAAAUUCAGGCCAUGCCGUAGCCUUUGGUGAGAUCGGUCUCGACUACGAUCGCCUUGCGCUCAGCCCGAAGGAAACGCAAAACACAUUCUUCGCCCGCCAGCUUGACAUGGCUGUGGCCCUACAGCUACCUCUCUUCCUGCACUCACGGGCGGCCCACGCUGACUUCAUGGCGGUGCUGUGCCCACGCGAGUCACAACUACCACGGCGCGGUGUCGUCCAUAGCUUCACCGGGACCCUCACCGAAAUGGAAGAGUUGGUUGCACACGGAUGGCAUAUUGGCCUCAACGGCUGCUCGCUGAAGACCGAGGCCAAUUGUGCCGUCGCGCGUGCUGUGCCACUUGACCGUCUUCACCUCGAGACAGACGGCCCGUGGUGUGAGCUUCGCCCGAGUCAUGCCGGCGCGCGUGCUCUCGCAGACAAUGAUGCAUCACAGGAGCCCGAGUUAACGCGCUGGCUUAAAAAAGAUAAGUGGCAGGAGGGUGCCUGCGUCAAGGGCCGCAAUGAACCGUGCUGUAUUCCCAAGAUUGCUGCCGCCGUUGCCAGCAUCAAAAAUUUACCGCUGCUCACUAUCACAGAGGCAGCCUGGACCAAUUCUCAACGAAUGUUUUGCCUCAACGACCCAGUUAUCGCACUUUGUUCUUGA